AUGCCGACGGAGCUGGAGGAGGUCACAUGCGAGAACCUCGUCGGCUACUCUGCCUCCCAGCCCGCGCUCUUCAAGAGACACCAACUGCUCCCCGUCAGAGACCUCAAGCUGCUGGCCAAGGACUACCCACCGAUUGCCAAAGAUGCGCUGACCAUCCUGAUCAACCUGUCGGCGGACGACGAAGUGCUCAAGGAGCUGGCGGAGGACGAUGCCUUUCUCGAGACCCUCCUGAAGAAAGUCACCAACCCAAAGGAAAAGGCAGCAACAGAGAUAACGAUGCUGCUCGCCAACCUGGCCAAGUCAGACAGCAUCAAGCGUAUCGUCAGCCUGGAGAGAGCAGUGCCGGAGGGGGUGUCGACCUCCAAGAAGGCUAUGGACCAGCUUAUGGACUGCUUCAUCAAGGGAGGAGACAAGGACAAGGACCAGGACAAGGCAUAUGACUAUCUCUCCUACUUCUUUGCCGACAUCUCUAAGUUCGAAGAAGGACGAGCCUACUUCGUCACCGAGCAAGCCUACGACGCGGUUAUCCCCAUCACAAAGUUGACAGUCUUCACCGAGCACCGCAGUCAUAUUAGGCGCAGAGGAGUCGCUUCUACAAUCAAGAACGUCGCCUUUGAUGUCUCCUCCCACCCAGUCCUCAUGUCGGAGGAACAGGUCAACCUGCUGCCUUAUAUCCUCCUCCCGCUCGCCGGGCCAGAAGAGUUCACCGACGAGGAAAGCUCAGAUAUGCUGCCGGACUUGCAACUGCUUCCGCCCGACAAACAGCGUGAUCCGGACCCGGACAUCCUCACUGCGCAUCUCGAGACGCUUCUCUUAUUGACCUCAACCAGGGACGGUAGAGACAUGCUUCGGAGGGUCCAGGUAUAUCCUCUAAUCAGGGAGUGCCAUCUGCAUACCAACAACGAGGCUGUACAGGAGGCCUGCGACCGACUGGUGCAAGUCAUUAUGCGAGACGAGGAGGGUGAAGGGGAGGCUACAGAGGCCGCCAUCGAGAAAGCCAGACUCGAGAUCGAGGCGAAGAAGGCCGACGAUGCGGAUGAAGAGAAGGUCUCCGCCAUGUCAUUAGUUAACAACGACUCGACCACCAACGAUCACCAUCUCACCAACUCACCUACGCCAUGGAUAUCCUGGCAUGGACUUCAGGUCAGACCGUGUAUCGCCGAACUCAUCCGCACACAAUGUCCACCGCCCAAGCUGCUGCUUCGAGUCGAGCGCGUUAUCGAGGUAAUCGUCCGGAAGGACGAGGAAGCCCAUAACAAUGAUAAGCACGAAGCCGUGUAUAAAGCGUAUCGACUAUUUCUUAGUGAUGGAGAAUACACCAUACAGGCCUUGCUCAAGAGCGAGCUGCAUGUCCUCGUAUCUAGCAGUAAGGAUGACCUGACGCCCGGGACGGUUCUUGAUAUCCAAGACUACGAGCUACGUACGGCCAACAGACUAGCACCCAAGGGUGCACGGUCUGGCAGAGUUGUUUUCCUGGCUGUUGCAAGGUAUAGACGGGCAGUGCCCUUCAAACUAGAUGUACAGCUCAAGAAUCUUGAGGAUGAACAUCUACUCGUCAAACGAGAUGCAGCCGCACUGUCCGACGAAGGCGCUGGUGAUAGCCCACGGGAAGAGAAGAGGAGACAGAAAACCGCCGAGAGGGAUAAGGCAAUGGUAUUUAGGGCAGCAGUUGAGGAUACUAAUCUACUUGAAGAAAUCGAAGAUGAAAAUCUCAAAGAUGAUAUCCUGGGUGUAUCUCCGUGCUACUCUACAGCACCUAAAAUACUGUCUUCCACAGCCAUGUCCACCUCCAUGAAAGUCCUCACCCUCUCAGACCUUCUCGCCCCUCGAAUACCCUUCCCCAAGAGGAACUAUCCCUGCAAUGUUAUAGCAGUGAUAUCGUGGAUCUCUCCCCAGGUGAUAAAACGAACAAACAUGCCUCCGAAAAGAGACCUUAGGCUCAUCGAUCCCACUAUCAUCAAAACCGUCGACAAACGGCGCUCGUCUGUGACUACUGCGUCCUCGUUACCAUCUACAUCGCCACCUAGCAUCACAGCUAAUUGGACGGUAGGAAUAUCGAUGAGCGUGUUUAUAGAUGCAGCCGAAUUUCACCCUCCCGUCGGGACCGUGGCGUUUUUUAGAGGCAUAAAGACGCAUGAGUGGGAUGGUAUCAGCCUGAACGCAUAUGAGAAAGACUGCAGGAAUAAGGAAUGGUUUAUAACCGACCCAGACAGGCUAGCUAGCUUGGGAGUUGAUUCGUCCGCGUUAAAAACUUGGUGGCUACAUGUACAAACGAGGUGGGAGGACGCCAGGAAGGCUUCUACUCAGGAAAAUUGA